AUGGCCUGAAGCAACUCCCUCGACUCUUUUGCCACUCUCAUCUUCUUCUUCUUCUUCCUCCUCCUUCGAGUUAAAGUUAACACAAGACACUCCAUUUCUGAAAGCAGAGGCAUCCGUUCCCUUAAGUCCUGAACUGUUAGCCCGAAAAAGAAAAUGGAUGCAAUAAUUCAGGCACCCUAUGAUGCUACUGUGCGGUUUAUGUUGGCCUCGUUGGAACGCAAUUUAUUGCCGGAUGCUGUCAUAAGAAGACUCACUCGCCUACUUUUGGCCGGCCGCCUUCGGUCUGGUUACAAGCCCACUUCUGAACAACAACUCUCUGACCUCCUUGCCUUCGCGCAUUCUUUGAGAGAAAUGCCAACAGCCAUCCAGACUGAGGUGCCAAAAUCUCAACAUUAUGAGCUUCCUACUUCUUUCUUCAAGCUUGUUCUUGGAGAGCAUCUGAAAUACAGCUGUUGUCUUUUCUCGGACAAGUCAAAGACUCUCGAGGAUGCAGAGAAAGCAAUGCUGGAGCUAUACUGUGAAAGGUCACAAAUAAAAGAUGGCCAUACUGUUCUUGAUGUUGGUUGUGGUUGGGGAUCUCUUGCUCUGUACAUAGCACAAAAGUAUAGCAGUUGCAAGGUUACAGGGAUUUGCAAUUCAGUAACCCAGAAAGCACACAUUGAGGAGCAGUGCCGAGAUCAUCAGCUACAGAACGUGGAGAUUAUUGUUGCAGAUAUUAGCACUUUUGAAAUGGAAGCAUCCUAUGACCGGAUAUUUUCGAUUGAAAUGUUUGAGCAUAUGAAAAACUACAGGGAUCUUCUUAAGAAGAUAUCAGCGUGGUUGAAACCAGAUGGUCUUCUUUUUGUUCAUCACUUUUGCCAUAAAGCAUUUGCUUACCAUUUUGAGGAUGUGAGUGAUGAUGAUUGGAUUACCAGGUAUUUCUUUACGGGAGGCACAAUGCCUGCAGCAAACCUACUCCUUUACUUUCAGGAUGAUGUUUCUAUAGUCAAUCAUUGGCUAGUGAAUGGGAAACACUAUGCACAGACAAGUGAGGAAUGGCUUAAAAGAAUGGACCAGAACUUGAGUUCUAUAACCCCAAUAAUGCAGUCAACAUAUGGUAAGGAUUCAGCCGUCAAAUGGACCGUCUAUUGGAGAACUUUCUUUAUUGCAGUAGCAGAAUUGUUUGGGUACAACGAUGGAGAAGAAUGGAUGGUUGUACAUUUCCUGUUCAAGAAGAAACUCUCAAGUCCAUAGCUCAAGGGAAAAAAAUCUUGCUGAUUCAUACGCGUACCAUGGGAAUUUGUAAUAAGUGAUUCUAGAUUUGUGCCAAUGGGGUGCAAGAUGACCACCUUUUCCCAUCAAUGAACAAGUAAUGAGGAAUUUCUUUGGACAUUAAAUUUCCAACAGUUGCAAACAAAGUCUUAUGUUAUCUGUUGGUUUUGGGAGCAUCAAAACUUAUUGCAUUUGGACACCCCUGAUUCACGAUU